AUGAAGCCAUCCGUAUCCAUCCUCACCGUUUCAUUCCUGCUCGUAGCAUCAGUAAACGCAUUCACCUUGCGCCAGCAGAAGAUGGUAAGCAUUUUCGCGCUCGAAUGCAUGGCCGAGACGGGCAUCGGUGCGGAUUCGCUGGCGAAGCUGCGCGACGGUGAUCUAUCCACGAACGAUCGUGCGGCGAAAUGUUUCAUGAAAUGUUUCUUCGAGAAGGAAAACUUUAUCGAUGCGCAGGGACAGUUGCAGCUGGAAGCGAUUGCGGCGGCACUGGAGAAGGAUUACGAGCGGGCCAAGAUCGACGAGAUGCUUGCGCAGUGUGGCGUACAGAAGGAGGAUGCGUGCGAGACGGCAUUCCACGCGUACGAGUGCUAUCACAAUCACUACCAGAAUCUGUAG